UAAUAAACAACGCACGCGUCGUCCCCCCUCUUCUCUCGCUUCCCUCGUCUCCUCCUCGUUCGCUCUGGGUCUCCCUCUCCACACCCACUUCCACGGUUUCACCUCCCGUUCCUCUACCUGGUCUCCUCUUCGCGUGGUCAGAAGGGAAACCGAGCGGUGAAAAGGUCGAGCUCGCUGAAGGAAUCUGAACCACCUGCGCUUCGAUCUGUCUUGUGACGGAGGCGGAGAGGGCUCUGGAUCGAGGAUUCGCGUUCUUCCGGCCCGCUCUGAUGUACAAAUUAGUGGUUGCUUCUGUGUAGACACACCCCAAAGCAGCAAUUCCCUCUGGGGUGGCGUGAUCCCCAAACCACUGUUCCAUAAGUGGAGCAACCAGGAAGACUGUCGGUGGCCUUCCCUGAUUUACAUAUUGGCAGGAUAAGUCUCGAGGCUCUUGUAGGACUUACUGCCCGGCUCUAGUUAGCGUAGAUGUCGUUCCGCAGCAUCGUUCGUGAUGUUCGGGAUGGUUUCGGUAGCCUGUCCAGGCGGAGCUUUGAGGUGACUAUCGCCGGAUUUUCUGGGCUCAACGGGCAUCACAGGGGGAAGUCUCAGAGCACGGUGCAUGAGCUCCGUGAUGCAGACCUUAUAAUCCAGGAGAGCCGUUGGGCUAGUCUCCCUCCUGAGCUCCUCCGUGAUGUGAUCCGGAGGCUGGAGGCUAGUGAGAGCACUUGGCCUGCGCGCAAGCAUGUCGUGUCCUGCGCUGCUGUUUGUAGGGCGUGGAGGGAGAUGUGCAGGGAGAUUGUUCUGAGCCCAGAGUUUUGUGGGAAGCUUACCUUCCCAGUCUCUCUAAAGCAGCCUGGCCCUCGAGAUGGAAUGAUUCAAUGUUAUAUAAAGCGAGAUAAGUCAAAGUCUACGUAUCGUCUCUACUUGUGCCUGGGCACUGCCGUACUUGUGGAGAAUGGCAAGUUCCUCUUAUCAGCUAAAAGGAACCGCAAAACAACCUGCACAGAGUAUGUUAUCUCAAUGGAUGCUGACAACAUCUCGAGAUCGAGCAGCACCUAUAUUGGAAAACUGAGGUCGAACUUCCUUGGAACAAAAUUUAUGAUAUAUGACACACAGCCCCCUUAUAAUGGCGCUGUAGUCCCUUAUGCUGGACGGACCAGCCGGAGAUUCAACUCCAAGAAAGUCUCUCCUAAGGUGCCAACUGGUAGUUACAACAUAGCUCAGGUGACAUAUGAGCUAAAUGUUCUUGGCACAAGGGGCCCUAGGCGGAUGCACUGUGUCAUGCACUCCAUACCUGCCUCCGCGGUUGAGCCUGGUGGCAUAGUCCCUGGACAGCCUGAGCAGAUUGUGCCCCGAGCUUUAGAGGAGUCAUUUCGUAGCACCACCUCCUUCUCCAAGUCCUCCAUCAUGGACCGAUCCAUGGAUUUUGGUAGUUCCCGCAAUUUUAGCAGUGCCCGCUUUUCUGACGUUGUCGGUGGCACCAUAGCUGGUGAUGAGGAGGGACAAAAUAAGGAUAGGCCUCUAGUGCUUCGCAACAAGGCCCCCAGGUGGCACGAACAGCUGCAGUGCUGGUGCCUUAACUUCCGUGGCCGUGUAACCAUUGCCUCAGUGAAGAAUUUCCAGUUGAUUGCCGCAUCAAGCCAGCCCCCUGCUGGGGCUCCAACCCCGUCGCAGCCUGCUCCAGACCAGGACAAGAUUAUUCUACAGUUUGGUAAGGUAGGGAAGGAUAUGUUCACGAUGGACUACCGCUAUCCACUCUCAGCUUUCCAGGCAUUCUCUAUCUGUUUGAGUAGCUUCGACACCAAAUUGGCUUGUGAAUAAAUGAUAGCGCAGAAUCAACGGAGGCAGAACUGGAAAUGCACAAAAGGGUGAUGCAUUUGCCCCUAGGAUUCUAUUUGAUGUAUGCAUUUUGUUGUGUUCUCGUGGUUGUAUUCUGCUUGUUGUUGUAGCCUGGAACCAGACUUCUUAGCAUGUAUUGUUUCACCUGCUGGCACCAUGGUAGGUGGUUUGCCUUUGAAACUAAAGUUCAAGCAUUGGUGCCAUUUGUGUAAUGUGCACGAGAUUCCACACUUAACGUGAAAGGUUCCGUUGAUGAGCUA